UCUGGACUGUAUUCUUUUACCAAGCAUAUGGGUAUUGAAAGCGUUGAGUGAUUUGUGGAAAGAAAGAGAUAAAAAGCCAUAGUGAAAAAGGGGAAAAAAGCCUCAUUAUAUUUUUUACGCUCUUUGUCUUGAUUUUUAUUUCCAUCACCCGAGUGUAAAAUUUCUCUCCAACAACGUGCAUUUUAAAUGAUCAAAAGUGGCCAAAACACAUAUCGUGAAUCUCUCAAAGAGAUUGUAAUAUGCGGUUGUGAUAAUUGUGUGAUUUGAGAUAGAAGGCAUGUGCGCCCGAUCUCAUUUUUAUCUACAAUUAUUUAUAUUACCCACAGCUGGUUCAAUACAGCAAAAAGCUUUGCCAAGGACACUCUCAAAUCGAGGGCUGCCGAGCUCUGACAUCAGUUUACGAGAUCAGUCUGUAGGAUGAACGGGUGCAUCAAUAUUUAAAUUUAAUUUCUGAGAUACAGGGCUUCACUAUGGAUGUUAGCUUGUGUUGUGUACUUUUUGCCAUUUUCUGUGGUUCUUCGUUGUCUGAUGUCAUUUCCAGUGGCCAGUACGCAGAUCCAAGCAAAGCAGAGUACCGUGUAACGGACAUUGCCUGCAAUUCUGGAGGCCUGGCAUAUUACAGAAACUUGCUGCGUUCCCGCCAAAGUCAAAGCAGACGACCGAUUCCAUAUAUACCUUCAUAUCGGACGUACCCGCGAGGUGGAAGCUUUCGGAGACGUCGUGCGGCAACAGCCGACCCCGCCCGUCUUUGGCAAGACGGCGUCAUUCCAUAUAAAGUUGAUUCUAACUUCACUGCUAUCCAAAAGGCCGUCUUUAUAUCUGCUAUGCGCCACUGGGAAAAUUAUACUUGUAUCACCUUCGUGGAACGAACAACUGAACCUGAUUUCAUCGUAUUCACACAGAGACCAUGUGGGUGUUGCUCAUUUGUUGGGAGAGAAUUGCGAGGAGCACAAGCCAUUUCCAUUGGGAAAAAUUGUGAUAAAUUUGGCAUCGUUGUUCAUGAAUUGGGUCACGUGAUUGGAUUCUGGCACGAACACACGCGACCAGAUAGGGAUAAAUACAUACAAAUAUUGACACAGAAUAUCCAGGAAAAUCAUGAAAAUAAUUUUGCAAAGAUGUCAACAUCCCAGAUAAACUCGCUUGGCGAAGAAUAUGAUUUCUCUAGCAUAAUGCAUUAUUCCAGGAACACAUUUGCAAGAACAGGUGACUUAGAUACAAUAAAACCUAUCACACACGAAAACCAAGCAGUUCCUGAAAUUGGUCAAAGGACUCAUCUUAGUAUUGGAGAUAUCAUACAAACAAAUAAGCUCUACAAAUGCCCAUCUUGUGGAGCUACUCAUCAGGAAUCUUCGGGAACUAUAUCGUUUAACUCAACGCGAGGUGUUGUCAAACAGUGUCAGUGGAGGAUUUCGGCGGGCUAUGGAGAAACACUCUUCCUGAAUAUAACUUCACUCGAUACCGGGAACACCUCAGACGCGUGUUCGAACAGCUUUCUAGAAAUUCGAGACGGACACUUCAAGAAGUCGCCUUUAAUUGGCCGGUAUUGUGGUACAACGGUUCCUCUCCCCAUUGAAUCCACAGGGAACAGAUUGUGGCUAGAAUUCCACUCCAGUUAUUUCUAUGAUUCAGGAUUUGAAGCAAAUUUUGAAGCCAAAUGUGGCGGUUUGAUCAACGAGGAUUCUGGCCAUUUGACCAGCCCUAAUUAUCCUGAUGAGUACUACUCUAACAGAUUGUGUGAAUGGGUGAUUACAGUGUCCAAAGAGUAUAAAGUAGCUCUUCAGUUUGAUUUUUUAGAAAUUGAAAACCACGACGACUGUGUAUAUGAUCACUUAGAAGUACGAGAUGGUACCGACAAGAAAGCUCCCAUUUUGGCCCUCCUUUGUGGUUAUUCUGCACCUAAAACAAUCCUGUCCUCAUCUAACCAGAUCUACAUCAAAUUCUUUUCUGAUGAUAGUGUUAUGAAAAGAGGUUUUUUCUUGAAAUUCUUUAAAGAAAUUGACGAGUGUUCUUUGGGAACUCAUGGGUGUCAACAGAUCUGUAUUAAUACUAUGGGCAGCUAUAAAUGCGACUGCAGACUGGGAUUCGAACUUCAUUCGGAUGGCAAACGGUGUGAAAAUGCCUGUGGUGGGUACCUGGAACAGUCUACAGGGACAAUCUUCAGUCCUUCCUUCCCGGACUCGUAUCCCCCCUCCAAGACGUGCAUUUGGCAAGUGAUGGCUCCAGACCAGUAUAAGAUCUCACUCAACUUCACUCAUUUUGAUAUUGAAGGAACAAAUCAAGAUUGUGAGUACGAUUAUGUUGAAAUCAACAGCGGAGAUGGCUACAACAAAGCUUACGGCAGAUUCUGUGGACCGGAUCUUCCUGCUAUCAUCACGUCCGAGUCCAAUUCACUCCAGGUCAAGUUCAACUCCGACGACUCCGUACAACACACUGGUUUCCAUGCAGAAUAUUUCAUUGAUAAGGACGAAUGUGCUGUACGUAAGGGUGGAUGCCAACACCUUUGUAUAAAUUCAAUAGGAAGUUACAUGUGCGCAUGUCAUAACGGUUACACACUUCAUGAAAACAAACACGAUUGCAAGGAAGACGCUGAAGGUUGUAGACAUCAUCUCCGCAAUCAUAAAGGUGUAAUAGUAAGUCCCCUGUGGCCCAAAUUCUACCCCAGCAAAUCCAACUGUGAGUGGAACUUUAAGACAGCUCCCGGUCAUCGAAUCAAGAUUACCUUCGAUGAAUUCUCCAUAGAACCCCACGAUAAAUGUGAAUACGAUUAUAUUGAAGUUUUCACCACACCUACUAAACUGUUUGGAAAGUUUUGCGGGGGUAUAUCCGAUGUUCCUUCUUACAUCUUAUCGGAAGAAAACGAGUUGAUCAUCAAGUUCAAAUCGGAUGCAUCCGUCCAAAGAAAAGGAUUUCAAGCGAGCUAUUCUACCGUCUGCGGAGGCAACCUGAACGCAACAUCGAAGGCAAAGGUCUUUUAUUCCCACGCCAAAUAUGGAGAUACAAACUACCCAAACAAUGAAAAGUGUCAAUGGAAUAUCAAGGCUUCUCCGGGGUCUAAUGUCAGUCUCGAGUUCUCCAAGUUUGAUCUAGAAGAUGGCAAGGAGGGAUGCCGGUACGAUGUUGUUGAAUUGUACGACGGUAUUAAAGAAAAAUCUAAGCUUUUGGGAGCUUACUGUGAUGCAAAGAUCCCACAAAAAACUGUGACGUCAUCAGACACUUUAAUUAUGGUUUUCACAACUGACAGCACAGUGGCCUGGAAAGGAUUCACUGCAGAAUACAAGGAAGUCCCAUAAGUUAUGAUGACUAUUUCAAGUCUGCUGCUUUAUGAAUACAUAGAUAUAGAAACGCAAUGCAAUUCCGACAUCUGCAAAGACCAUAUCCUACCAACAAUCACUGCAGCGUUACAGCUGAUCAUAAAUUCUUUUCAUUAUGCCUUUAUGAUGAGAUUUGUACCAUUCUCAACUUUUUCAUGAAUGAUGCUUAUUUUAAUUUCUAAUUAAAGCUGUCUUUGGAAACUGAAAGGCAGCAUACUCAUCUUUUUUGGUAAAUUUCUGUUCAAACUAUGAGAAUGUUCGAUUGUAUUAUAAAGUCCUUAUAACGUAGGCUACAAUUUUAUACAGCAGUAUCCAUUUUUGUUCUUGCUUUGGUGUAUAAUAUAUAUUUAAUAAAUUUCACAAUAAUAACUUACAUAUCACAUAUCACAGAUACAAAAUUCUUAUGUUUUUUUCACAUUGUCACAGAGUACCAUAAAUAAUUUUUCAGUUAUCCUAAAAAUUUCUGAAGAUCAGGUUAAUUGAAGUUAUUCACUUGCUUAUUUUCAGUAAAUAUCUAAGUGCAAAUUU